AUGGAAAAAACUGAACAACUUCACGAGAAAUCUAUGUUACAUGAUGAUCAUCUUGAAACAUUUAGUCUUCUAUGGAUCAGAGGUGACGUAAAUAAGAAUGAGAAAAAUUCAAAUAAUGAACAAAAAUUACGUGCAAUUAUUAAUUAUGUAAAAAUAUUUGAACACAUUGAUCAAUGUCAACAAUAUAUUGAAACAAUGUCAAAAGAAGAUCGUUCUGUUUUAAUUGUCAAUGAUCAAUUUAGUCGUGAACUAAUACCAACAAUUCAUAAUUUUUGUCAAAUAUCUUCGAUUUAUAUUUAUUGCUCUAAUGAAAAUAAACACAAACAAUGGAAUAAAACUUUUCCAAAGAUAAGAGCCAUAACCAAUCAAUUUGAUGAAAUUCUUGUUCGAAUUGAAGUUGAUCAAAAGAUACGAAUGAAAAUAGAAGAACCAUUAACGAUUAAACCAUUGAAUGUUGACGAUGAAAUGAAUCUUUCAACAGCAAAACUCGAUGAAUCUUCCAUUUAUUUUCAAAUUCUUAUUGAUAUUUUACUUCGAAUACGAUCCAAUAGUGAAGAUAUAAAUCAACUUCUUUCUCUCUGUAAGAAAGAAUAUAGGGGUAAUAAGAAUCAUUUAGCUACUCUUCGUGAAUUUCAACAUAACUAUUCAGCUAAUACAGCAGUACAAUGGUAUACUCAUAGACCCUUUUUACAGAAAAUUUUAAAUAAAGCUUUUCAAUUAGAAAACAUCGAUAUACUUUAUCUAUUUCGUCCGGUUAUUCGAGAUAUUUGUAUUCAAUUAAGACAUAAUCAAUAUCCAUCAUCAAUUCGAUUAUACAAAGGUCAAUUGAUGUCGAAAAAUCAAUUGAAUAAUCUAAAAAAAUUCACUGGAAAAUUAAUAUCUAUCAAUUCAUUUUUAUUAACAACUACUGAUCGAGAAUCAAUUAUGAAUGAUUUAGAAGAAACAACUCCAUCGAAUAAUAUACAAAAAGUAUUAUUCGACAUUGAUGCUGAUGGUGGAGAAGAUAUUCCAAUACCUUUUGCAAAUAUUAAUCCAGAUAAUAAUCGAGAUGGUGAAAAGGAUAUAUUAUUUAUGAUCGGAUCAAUAUUUCGACUAGUUAGUAUUUCAUAUGAUAAAAAUAAAAGAUGUAUUAUUCGAAUGAAAUUAUGUAAUGAUAAUGAACCAGAUUUAAAACAACUUUUUGAAAAUAUGAGAAAUGAACAUGAAUAUGGAGAAACAAAUCUUCUUGCAUUAGGAAUGAUAUUAAGAGAUAUGGGUAAAAUUGAUUUAGCUGAAAAAUAUUUAUUUCGUAUGCUUAACAAUCUUCCUCCCAAUGAUUCUUUACUUGAUGCUUUGUAUCCUUCACUUGGUUUAAUAGCAAAAGAUAAAGAUAAUUAUGAUAAAUGUUUAUAUUGGUAUCGUAAAGCAUUAAAAAACUAUAUGGUUACUCGUCCAUCAGAUUAUCUCACUAUUGGUGAUACAUAUCAUACUAUUGGAAUAAUUUAUCAUACAAAUAAAUGUCAAUAUGAUAAGGCAUUAGAUUAUUUCACUAAAGCUAUUGUUCUUUUCAAACAAUUUGAUGCUGAUAUGCAUCCAAUGAUGGCCAGAUUUUAUGAUAGUAUUGGUGGUGUUCAUGAAGAACAAAGAAAUUAUUCACAAGCAUUGAUAUAUUAUCAAAAAUCAUUUAAUAUAAAAAAAAAACAUCUUCCUACUAAUCAUAUUGACAUUAGUAUAUCAUAUAAAAACAUUGCUGGUGCUAAUGGAUAUCUUGAAUCCUAUGAUACUGCAUUAGAAUUCUACAAAAAAGCAUUACAGAUUCAAACGAAAUUAUUUCCAUUACAACAUCCUGAUAUUGCUUUAACAUAUGCAAAUAUGGCUGCAGUAUAUGCUGCUAAGAAUCGAUCACAACAAGCAUUAACCUAUUGGCAUAAAGCAAAUGAUAUUUUGCGUAAUAAACUAUUACCACAACAUCCAUUGGUUAUUAAAAUUGAUGAGGAAAUUCGACUUGCUUCGUCGAAAAUUACCAAUUAUGAAUCAAUAAAAAGGACAGGAAGAAAACGUGUAGCAGCAACUUAA